AUGCGAGAAUUGAAUGAACGUCAAAAGAAGUCGGAUAAAAUCCAGCAGCAAAUGCAAAAAGUGUUUGACAAUAUAGUCACCGGAAAGCAGCAACUGCAACUGUCUUUUAGAAUGGACCAAGGGAACCAAGCAGUAGCGACAACAUGCGCUGUCGCAAAUACCUCUGCCUUGCCAAGAUCAGAAGAUGUAUCGCAAUCAAAACAAUUUUCGGAAGAAGCCCAACAAAGCCCACCACCACCAGAUUACAACAACACCGCAGUUGCAACUAUUUCACUUCCAUACAAUCAAGAAGGUGUACCGUUAUACAAAAUGAGUCGACAAGUGACAACUGUGUGUGAUCUUUGGGACGAGUGGACAAUAGGUCGAGAUGGAUUCUGGUCUGUUCAAGAAUUAGAAGACAAGUGGGGCGCUAAAUGGAGAAAAGACAACAGAAAAUGGUUCAAUAUCCAUAAAAAAAUCAUUGAUUCCGUUGAAGACCUUCAGCUGGAUCUUGGCCUCUUCUCCCCCGCUUCUGCUGUAGGCGCCUUACAAAAGGUACUCAACACUCGCCACUGGUCUUUGGAUCGCUUGGGCACCGAGCUCCAAAAAGGCGCUUUUUUUUCCUUGCGAAGAAACGAAAAGAAGAAAAUUACAACACUUCUAGUUGAGCCUCUUUUACCAUCAAUAGUUGCAUUCUCAUUAAUAAAUAUCUUUUUUUCUUUCCUGUGGAUUUUGUAA